ACGUUGCAUACCACAAACGCGUUCAGAUUUCUUCAGUCAACAGAGCCGACCACUAAGAGAUCUUUAACAUACAUUAAAAGGUUUGUGCUUUGUCGAGAAUCAAGUUCCCCUCCAACAAGACUUGGGAGCUUGUGCAUUACUUGUUAUUACAUGUCGGUGCAUUUGUUGUGUGUGUUGAACGUGACUGCUGCCAAUUGCAACAUUUACAACAUUUGUUUGGUGUGGUUGGGAUCAGUUAUCGCUACGGAGGGCUCAUUCGUAUAUUCCUCAGUUUCGAAUCCCUCGCGCAAGUAUGAAUUGGAAAAGGCAAAUUCAUUAAGGAAAGAAAAAUACAAAUGGGACAAUUAUUGUUUUGUGCAAAAUAAGAAUUAAUAUAUUAAGCAUGCAUAUGAAACGCUUACUCUCGCGAUAUUGCAAACCCUUUUCGAUCGUAGAAACCAUCGUUGUGGUGUGCGUUUAAUCUACCCCUAAGGCUUCACCGAUUUUAUUGAAAUUCUUGUGACUUCUAGUAGUUUUAGUGUGGAUUUACUGAACCCCGAUCCCGGGAGCGGCAGCAAUUUAAAAUAUUUGAUCGAAACUGGCGAUGGAAGGAGAGGUACUCAACUAGCACAACAACCUUGUUAAUCACAUUGAAAGGUUUUGAAUCGAUCAUCAACCAGCAAAAGGUCAUGCUACGUAGCCAACAAAAAACGUAUCUUCAAACUUAGAGAGUAAAUAAUAACAUAAAUCAUAUGUACGUACGAAUGUUUGUUUGUUCAAUUAAAAAUAGACAAUUAAAACUUCGGAGUAAAAAAAAAUCAAAACAAGAAUAUAAGAGCCAAAACUUCGUACGAACACUUCAACAAGCCUCGUCAUUCAAUUCAAUUUUAAGCGCAGAUAUACGCACACACAUUCGUAAGACUCGUUCUCAUUGGAAAGAAACUCGUUUGGCAGCAAGCAACGUAUGUUGGCAAGCAACAAGAUUUGCGUCUAAUGCAACUGCAUGCAUCAUCACUCAAUAACAAACGGCAAAGUUGGGAGCGUGAAGAAGAAGUUUCAAUUAUUGGGCUUUAUUUUCAAACAAUUCAUUAAUCUAAAACUCCGUACAUUAGGACAAGGCUUCCGCUCUAAUAGCAAUCCUUCACUUAUUCAUUCGGAUAUUCAUUCAAUUAGACACACACAAAGUUUUAGUUACUUGGGAGUGGAUAUCCUGUGUUGAGAGAGCAACUAAAUUGGUACAUUUCGCCUUUUGCUAAACCAUUAAAAUAACCAACAUUGGUUGCACCAACCAUGCCGAAAUAGAAGGUGGAUAUGUUAUGGUCUGUUGUAUAAUAUGCUUUGAUCCAUAGGAAACUUCACGAAAAACAGCAGCGUCACUUCUUCGAUCAGAGCUAAACAUACACGUACCACACCCUCCAUUACAAACUUACGUACAUACACCACAGUGGUUUCACUAAUUCACGUGCAGAAUUAAAAAAAAAAAACCUUUACAGCUUACAUUUUGAGUCUUUGAGGUUUCGCCAGAAAAUUCGGACAGACGCAAAUAAACAUCGAUCAGCCAACCACAUACUCUUCCACAGCUGCAGCUGCAAUAUGUUGCGGCGAAUAUCAUUGAUGAUCUGUGUGUUAUUUGGAUUUCUUUUAAUUACCGAUUGCCGGGAAACAGUUCGUUCAAAAAGAGCCAAAAGAGUGAGAGCUCCCAAUCCCAUUAAUUUUGAACCAGAGCCGCAACAGAACUUGGAUCGCGAUGACAGCAACAACGAUGAGAAAGAUAUUCCCGAGAUACCCGCAAAUUUCUUAAGUCCUUCAGUAAGGGAAUAUUUGGAACUGGGCAAAUCAAUACCAGGGCGUCCUGGGGUGGACUAUCCCCUACUGUCGGCUAUACCGUAUACAAACUUCUACUGCGACGAGCAACUGUAUCCCGGAUUCUUUGCAGAUAUGGAGACAAGAUGUCAAGGUUGGCAUUACUGCGAUAUUGAUGGUCGUCAAGCGUCUUUCUUGUGUCCAAAUGGAACCCAAUUUUCCCAAGCUGUAUUUGUUUGUGACUGGUGGUUCAAUGUGCGCUGUGAUCUAUCUCCGAGGCUGUACGAAAUAAAUUCCCGUCUAUAUCAACGACCCAAAGUAAAUCCCACACGACCACAUCGCGUUAUAACCAAGGAAUUAGUUGAAGAUAUUUUCAACUGAUGCCAGAAUAUUACAACGGAGAGCACCUACUCAUUCACUUAACCCAAUGUGUCUACAAUGGUUUUCCUCCAUGGCUUUAAUUUAAUUUAAUUUCAAUAGAAAAUUUCAACAAUCAAUUUUAUGAUCAGCAUUAUUAACUCAAAUAUUUAUUCAUUGUACUAAUUCCAAAUGUCAAUCAUAUUUUGUUUGCUUGCACAGAAAAAGAUAUUCACGAAUAAAUUUUCAAUUCAAAAUUAAUUGAAAAUAAAAAUAUAUUCAUAUUCAAGAAAACUAAUAAUUGAUUAAAAAUUGUACCAACUAUUCGUCUAAUUGAAUCUGAAAUUGUUUUCAAUAAAAGAAUCGAUGGACAGUCUUACGAUUUACAAAUCGCCAAAUGAUUCAAACAUUUUUAUAAGCGAAUUUAAACCUUCAAAUUAAAAUCAGCAAUAUGAUCUUAGGCCAUACCCUAUAACAUUGGUUCUACCUUGAAAGACAUGUCAAAAGAAUGUUUUCUAUUUUUUAGAGAUGUUUUUCUUUGACAAACAAAUUUUAACAACAAAGCAGCGCCCUUGAAUGCUUGUUUUAAAAAAUUUGCUUUUUCAAAACCAUUUAUAAAUUUCCUUUUUAUACAUUUUUGUUAACUUAGAUUUGUUUUUUUAAUUAAUUGAAAAUUUCUAAAUUUUCAUAAAUGAUCAAAAUAAUAUUUGAAAAUUUUAAUCAUUUCAAUAAUUUUUUUAGUUGGAUAUACAACAUUUUAAAUAACUUUUUUCACAUUACCUUCUUCAAAAAACCUUACCUUUUUGAAACCGGUGAUGCAUAUCAGCUGUUUUUUCUGUAUAAAGAUUCAUUGCUAACAUCCGUGCUCUUACUCAAAGUGUGGCCGCUAACCCUAACGUACGUGUCUAGUUAGAGGAUAAUUGCAACGAAAAAAAAAAACAUUGACAA